AGAAGACCUUUACAAAAAGCACGAGCUUCUCUGUCUUCGCUCGGCUGCUCUUUCUCUCUCAGACACUCAUUCACAAAGUUUUGUUAGAUCUACUUCUAAUCGAUCCAACAUGUUCCUCACCAGGACUGAGUAUGAUCGUGGGGUGAACACAUUUUCUCCUGAGGGUAGAUUGUUCCAGGUGGAGUAUGCAAUUGAGGCUAUCAAGCUGGGUUCAACUGCAAUUGGGAUAAAGACGAAAGACGGUGUCGUGCUGGCUGUUGAGAAGCGUAUUACUUCACCACUGUUGGAACCCAGCAGUGUUGAGAAGAUUAUGGAAAUUGAUGCGCAUAUAGGAUGUGCCAUGAGUGGGUUGAUUGCUGAUGCACGUACACUUGUUGAACAUGCACGAGUUGAGACUCAGAACCACAGAUUCUCAUAUGGUGAGCCAAUGACUGUGGAGUCCACAACACAAGCUCUUUGUGAUUUGGCCCUUCGAUUUGGUGAAGGAGAUGAAGAAUCCAUGUCUCGACCAUUUGGGGUGUCUCUUCUCAUUGCUGGUCAUGAUGAGAAUGGGCCAAGCUUAUACUAUACUGAUCCCUCUGGCACAUUUUGGCAAUGCAAUGCCAAAGCUAUAGGUUCAGGUUCUGAAGGCGCAGACAGCUCUUUGCAAGAGCAAUAUAACAAGGACCUAACUCUUCAAGAAGCUGAAACAAUUGCUCUGUCCAUUUUAAAGCAAGUAAUGGAAGAAAAGGUAACUCCCAACAAUGUUGAUAUUGCCAAGGUAGCACCAACAUACCAUCUAUACACCCCUUCUGAGGUGGAAGCUGUCAUUACCCGUCUAUGAGAAUACUUGGUCAUAAUCAAUCUUCGCAUGCAAGAACUGCCUUUCCUUUCAUAAUUAUGCAUGAGUUGGGGAAGAGGCUUGUAUUUGUUUCUUUUUGGUGUGGCAUUAAACUAAUCUACACUUCAGUUGGAUGAUUUAGUUACACCUGAUCAGAAAAGAACCUUUUAAUUGGAUUUCCUUGCAUUCUCAAAUUCUAGCUUGUGGUUACCGAAUUUGCAUUAUUGCUUUCUAGAGUCAUUGUUUGGCCCUCAUUUUUGUGGAAUAGCAAGAAUGAUAAGUAUAGAGGGUAAACUUGAUUGCUUUGAUGUUGGUAAAGGAGCUUUGAUGGUU